GUCCACUUUUCAUGGGCUGGUGGGGUGCACUCCGGGUGGCCGUGGUGGGUGGCGGUAUAAGUAGAGGCCUGCAUUCGCCACCGUUCUCAUACCCUCACCACGUCCUUCGGCUACCUCUUACUUUUACUUAGUGCCCCUUUUUCCACUUUUUUAUCUUUUCUCUCUCUCUCUCUCUCUCUUUCUCCCUCUCUCCCUCCUCCCUCUCAUUGUCUUUCUCGCACACACGCACACGUAUGCACACUCUCACUUGAUCUUUCUUUUUUCCCCGUCUAUCGGUGCGCGUUCGCUUUGCCAUUCGUUCAUUCGUUUCGCGCCUAGUCGGCGAAGUCGCGUCACGAGGCUGGACGGAGAUCACGUCGACCGGAGCGCACGUACACGCUGCAUCCUAGGCUUAUCCAGUGAAGAUAUCGUGUAAUUGGAAGACGAGUGUCGAUCGCGACCGGUCGAGAAGAGGACAGAGAGAUGAUCGCGAGUGUCCGGUGACGAUACGUAUAAAGAACAUAGUAUUUGCAGAGAGAAUAUAGAUCGAUAUUCUCGAGAGUGCCUACAUACGCCGGGUACAUACCGAUAUCGAGAAGAGUUUUCGUUAAUUUGAAGCAGCUGUUCACGUAUCACGACGGAAGCGGAACGAGGCAAGGCGAGCAGGACGAGGAAGAGAACUGUGUGCAGUGCAGACAUGUGGCUAAGAAGUGUGCUUCUAAUAUGCGUCACUGUGGGCACGUUAGCUGACAAUUCAUCGGAUAUCGUGCAGAUAUCCGGUGACAGUUUGACUCGAAAACAUGUUGCAGCGACGACAUAUCAGCCACCGCGAGCCAUCGCAAUUGAAGAAUAUGUGUCAUCGCACAAAUUUCCGGAAAGUAUAGCGAAACCAUUGGACGACGAUGACGAAUACAUUGAGGACAAAAAGGUUGCGUUUAAAGACACUAAGCAAGUUAAGAAAGUUGCUCAGAAAUUCGAAAAUAUCGAGAAAAAAGCGGCGAUCUUAGAACCUGCCAGACGUUUAGAUUCGGCCGAGGAAGAUGAUGAGGAGAGUCUUACCGCUAAAAGGCAAGCACGAGUUGAGCUCGAAAAUUUUAGCGACACUGGAAAAGUUCUGCAGGAGGGCAGAAUAAAGAAAAUUGACAGUAAAAGGCCACAACAGGCCGAACAAGAUGAGGUUAUUCCGGGAGUCUAUGUCAGCGCGGAAUAUUCAACGACUAUGCUACCCAUUUUGACAACGCCACGAGAAGCACGUAGCAAAGACAGCCUCUUUGAUUUUGUUCCCGUAAACAUUAUUCGCGAGGACAGUAAGGAUGGCUAUUCGCAUUUUUCGGACACGAAUUUUGGAGACUUGGGUGACGUGAGUUUGGUACCAGCUGGUACGAAUUCUCGUAUUCAGGUGAAAAAAGGACCGAACGGGAAAGAUUACGAAUACGAGUACGUGUAUUAUUACUAUGACGAGGAGGAUGAGAACAAAGCAGGUACAGCGGGUUCACCUGUGACGAAUUCUUACGACAUACUUUCCAGAACAACUUCGGCGCCCAGAAGAGUAAGCGCUGCCACCAACAACAGGAGCAAGUACAGUACCGUUGAGAGAUCGAGCACCGUGGAGCCCAGUAACAACGAGGUCAUACCGAACAGAAAUGGUAAUAGGGGCAGACAAUUGAUCGAAACUGAGGACGUUUCCGAGGAAAGAUUGCCCGCAAACACUCGUUUCCCACCGAGAUCGCGAUCAAAUCACAACACAGGCACAACGGAGCUUCCGCGAGCUCGCAGUAACCGACCGCGACCAAGUCUGGAGCUGAUUGACUCCAGCAGCUUCCGGACUCAUCAAGAGGGUCCCGAGUUUCCGCAAACCUUGCCGAAAGGACCAGUUAGAUUCUUAGGUGUUACUCCUAAUGAAGACAAUGAAGACAAACCUUUGAUUAGAAACCGGGCAAGGCCUCAAAGAGUUCAAGAACCCGCUCCUGUCGAGGAAACCAUUGAUGAUGCGCCAGCACCUAGGAGACGCCUAAGCACUACGGCAUCAUCUGAAAGCGGAUUGGAAUUAAGCAGAGGUCAACCAAUACGUUUGAGCGAGGAAGACGAUGAAGAGCAUGAAAGACCCGCAAACAAACGCGUCUCUUUAGAGGACAGAUCGCAAGAGUCCAGCGAUACAGAAACUUCGCCGGUCUAUCCCAGCGUUACCGCUGAUCCCACAGAUAAUCCAACGACGGAAUAUCCGUCAGUGAUGGACAAGGUUGCCUUGGACCUUUAUGCUUUCCUGCAACAAGGUCAAAGUAACCUGAUUGAUUCCAGUAGCGAGGCUAGUGAAACGGUUGGAGACAGCACGACGGUGUCCGACGACGAGAUCACGACCGACUUAACAACAACAGCGGAACUUGCCGACUCUACAAUCGCCAAUGAGUCCACUAAUACAACGACGACGACGACGACGACUACGACGACGACGACGACAACGACAACGACGAUCGAACCAACGACCACAACGACAACGACCACGGAACCACCGACUACUACCACUCAAGCUCCCGCGGGAAGAGGGAAAUUCCGACGACCUGGAAUUGGCGGACCAGCUAUCUCGAGAAAUCGGUUCAAGUCCAAUAGUGGUACCAGCACAACCGAAGCAUCCGCAGAGAUCCCAACCCAAAAAACCCGAACACGUUUCGGCAGUAAUGGAACGAACGGUGGUGGAUUCAAGCGACCUCGACCAGGUGGCCACCAUAAGCCGAUCGAAGAGGACACCGUGCAGAAGGAGACCGCCAGCUCGGUGAACGCAGAGAAACCGCCAGCCGGUCGUGGCAGAUUCCGCGCACCUUCCGGCGGCAAAAUCGCCGUCUCCACGACGACGUCGGCGCCGCCGAACGGAGCAACGGUGGCCGCGGCAGCACGGCCCACCUUCAACAAGCUAAAUAUUAAUCGAAGACGCGGACGGCCGACCACAACUGUGCCGGGAAGCGAGGAACCGCAGGAGGGAGCGACGCAUCCCGAAACCGGCCCGGUCGUCCAGACCGUAUCGGAAAACGCAUCCCCCAAAUCCCCGGUUCGCACGAGGCUUCCCGCCGCACCUGCGAUCAGACCGGCCAUCAGACCGACUGGUGGCAGAGUUAAUCUGAGACAAAAACCGGGACAGACGACGACCACGACGACGAUCGCGCCGGAAGUCCCCGAAGGAGCCGUCGAGGAACCAGCCGGAGAAGGAACCGAGGAGGAGACUCACGAGGCACCAGCAGAAACCAGUCCACCAGCACGCUCUACUACAUCGAAUCCUCUGAACAAACUGCGCAACCGCAAUCGGCUGCAAGUGCAACCGAAGGCUACGACAAAAUCGUCAUUGCCGCCGGCGAUCAGGAGAUCACCGCUGCUACCGCGACGCAAGGUAGAGACUCCAGCUGCCCAAUCGAGCCAGGAGGAGAUUGGCUCCGAAGAGGAGACCACUUCCGGCGAGACUGACCCGACUGAAGCAGUCUUUGUCGAGACCAGCACGGCGGCCAGCACAAAGCACGAAGAGACGCGCGGUCUGAGCGGCCUCCUGGCACCCCGACGCAGGAUAUCGACGCGACGUCCAGGUCAGAUAGUCGCCCGAGAGUAAGAAAUGACACUCCGGUGUCCUGAACAACGCAAAUCAAGCACCCACUUGAGGAUCUGAAUGACGAUUUCCGUGAUAAAUCGAGAUGCGACGCGAAGAAUGAAAGAAUAUAAAACUCUCGGAUUAAUCAAUAUCCUGCGAUUUGUUCUUUUAAAUGAUACAUUGGAUGUCAAUCUCGGAACGAGAUUUCUCAACAUCUUCCUGUUGUAACGUUUUCCCUCAUAUUUUUCUCCGAUCGACAAAACGACAUCUUGCGUGUUAAGAAAAUAGCAGAUGUACGUAUUAGUAUCUCUUACAAGAAUAGCUUCUUUUAAAAGAUCACAUUUGUAAUGCUAUUUUAACUAUACUAUGAAAAGCAUCUAAAUCAGUGUGUGCUUUCCGAUUAACAUUAAACAAAAUAAUCUUUAUGAAGUUAGUUUAAUAUUUAUGAACGUCCUAUUAAUAUUAUACUACGUUGAAUUGUCUUAUCGAAAGAUUCAUUUUUAGUAAAAAUAAAAUUGAAACACAUUUUAACAUAAAAUGCAUGAAUUAAAAUUGCGACGGACGUUUCUUUUUAUUGUUUACCGGAAUUACAUACACAUAAGUUAGAUUUAGUUGAAAUAGAUAAUGAAUAUGGAUUUUAAAUGACUAUUUUUUAAUAAUAAUAAUGAUAUAAUUAUUGAUUUUCUCGUGAACUAUAUAUUGAUCAAUGCAUUUAAUACAUUAAACCAAUUUAUAAACACGAUAUGUAUCAUCUUCGCGUGGAUGACAAUUAUAAUUGUAACCCAACGCAAUAUAUAUAACGAGAUAAGUAUUUUCAAGUCUUUAUACUGCGAUAAAUGUAACUAUCGUAUAUUUAAUUUGGCGAGUUUUAUUUAAUGAUUAGCGCUUGUGCAAAGUUAUCGAAGUACUAUAUCUAACGUGAUACAUGCAUAGUUAUAUACAUAUGUAAUAUCCUCUCUCGGGGAUGUACUUUUAGGAUUAUUACUGCGUGUGCAAUGCGUAAGGGUACUUUUGUAAUUACAAUGUUCCAAGUUACACUGUAAAUAUUGCAAUUAAACAUAAAAUUAAUUGUAUUA